CCUCUCUCUCACGAACAGAUCGGUGCAGUUUAUUUGUUCAGACAUUUUGGAGACUGAAUAAGCGCGACUGGAGACGCGCGCGCGUUUCGGUGUGUGCGCGCGUGCCCGUGCGCGUGUGUGAGGUGCUCUCAUUCGGCUGCUGGGUGAGUCCAGACUGCAGACGGGAGCAGAGCUGAAACACUGCCGUGAUUUUAAUAGGACAGACGGAGGAUAUCAGAAUAUCUGAACGACUCCUCGAGCUCAUCGAUCAGCCCGACAGAUGACGCUGAUGAAGAUGAUAAUGAUGUCCGUGCUCGCAUGAAGAGAGUUUGUAUGUUUGCGCCUGUGAGGGAUUGUCUGCGAUCAUAUGAAGGGUUUGUCACACACGGAUAUUAGCACUUUCCGCGGUGUUUCUGGACGGAUCGUCGUCUUUUAAGGGAUGAAUAUAUUGUAUUGCGGAGAUACGGAAUGAUGCUGUAACCGGUAGGAUGGUGGCAGGGGAAGUGAGUGGGCACAGCUUCCUGGUGGCAUGCUGGCAGCCCAUUCUAAUACUGAUGCUGGGCACAGUGCUGUCUGGCUCUGCCACGGGCUGCCCAUCGCGAUGUGAGUGCAAUGUUCAAGAGCGCUCGGUCUUGUGCCACCGCAAGAAGCUGAUGUCCGUUCCAGAGGGGAUCCCGUCGGAAACUCGACUCCUAGACCUCAGCAAGAAUCGAAUCAAAACCAUAAACCCAGAUGAGUUCUCUGCCUUCCCGCAACUGGAGGAGUUGGAGCUCAAUGAGAACACCAUCUCGGCCAUUGAGCCCGGCGCCUUUAACAACCUCUAUGGCCUGCAGACUCUCGGCCUUCGCAGCAACAAGUUAAAGCUCAUCCAGCUGGGAGUGUUCACAGGCCUAAGUAACCUAACCAAGCUGGAUAUCAGUGAAAAUAAGAUCGUAAUUCUGCUGGACUACAUGUUCCAGGAUCUGUACAACCUGCGCUCUUUGGAGGUCGGGGAUAAUGACCUUGUCUUCAUAUCCCACAGGGCCUUUCAUGGCCUUAGCAGCCUAGAGCAACUCACGCUAGAAAAGUGCAACCUAACCUCUGUCCCCACAGAGGCCUUUACGCAUCUGCACAGCUUGGUCACACUGCGCUUGCGAAACCUCAACAUCAACAGCAUUAGAGACUACAGCUUUAAAAGGCUGUAUCGUCUUAAAGUGCUGGAGAUCGCCAACUGGCCCUACCUGGAUACCAUGACCACCAACUGCUUGUACGGAUUGAAUCUAACCUCCCUAACGAUCACUAACGCAAACUUGACAUCGAUUCCAUACUUAGCCUUGCGGCACCUGGUUUAUCUUCGUUUCCUCAACAUGUCCUACAAUCCCAUCCAGAUGAUUGAGGGCAAUCGGCUUCAUGACCUGCUCCGACUGCAGGAGUUGUACCUUGUGGGCGGCCGACUGUCAGUGAUCGAGCCCUACUCUUUUAGAGGUCUCAACUACCUAAAAGUCCUCAAUGUCUCUAGCAACUUCCUUACUACCUUGGAGGAGUCUGUGUUUCAUUCGGUGGGGAACCUGGAGACGCUUGCAUUGCACGACAACCCAUUGGCUUGCGAUUGCCGUUUGCUUUGGGUUUUCCGCCGCCGCUGGAGGCUCAAUUUCAACCGACAACAACCAACGUGCUCCUCACCUGAGUUUGUUCAGGGAAAAGAGUUCAAGGACUUUCCUGACAUACUUCAGCCUAAUUACUUUACCUGUCGCAAGUCUAGGAUCCGAGAUCGAAAGCCACAGCAGAAGUUUGUCGAUGAGGGCACCACUGUCCACUUUGUCUGCCAAGCAGACGGAGACCCGACGCCAGUGAUCAUGUGGCUUUCACCACAAAAGCAGUUCAUCACUAUGAAAACGAUAGGUCGGCUUACUGUUUUCCCAGAUGGUACCCUAGAGGUGCGAUAUGCUCAGAUUCAGGAUAAUGGCACGUAUGGCUGCAUCGCUAGUAAUGCUGGUGGAAACGACACCGCUUUAGCCCACCUACAUGUUCACAGUUACUCGCCAGACUGGCCCAAUCAACCCAACAAAACCUUGGCGUUCAUCUCCAACCAACCCAACGACAACAGCAUCAACGAAACUAGAGCGACAGUCCCGUUUCCAUUCGAUAUAAAGACGCUAAUCAUCGCCACCACCAUGGGCUUCAUCUCUUUCUUGGGUGUGGUUCUGUUCUGCCUUGUUCUGCUCUUUCUUUGGAGCAGAGGCAAAGGCAACAGCAAACACAAUAUUGAGAUUGAGUAUGUCCCACGCAAAUCGGACGCUGGGAUGAGCAGCAGCGGCGCCGAUGCCCCUCGGAAAUUUAACAUGAAAAUGAUAUAAUCCAACCAGGGAGUUCAAAAGACCCUACUCGUAAAGACUCGUAAAGACAAAAGCAAGAGAUUCCCUGCCUGAACAACCUCUGGCUCUGAUGAGCUCCCCAUAGAGGAGGGGUUUUUCUCCCCCUUUCUAAAGACGGAUGUGCGGCACAGGGGGGGUGGUUGGUGCUUUUGUUCAAUAUUGAACAUGAGAGGGGGAAAAUGUCCUCUUGCGCACUCCUCUGUGAUGGCCGCUUAAACUCAGCCUACGGGGACCAAUAUCUUUGAGAGAGGAUUUUGUUUUAAAACACUUAAGUUCCUGUGGAUUUUUAUGGGCUAAAAAAAAACGUGGAAAAAAAGGAAAACCGAACCUCCAAAAUGUUUUGUGUCAACCUUCAGAAUGCAAAGGCAGAGCAUCCUUCUCCCUGCAGUCCUGCUGCUCGCAUCCUCUUUGUUUAACCUAUUGGUUUCUUGCUUUCUACUAAAAUGAAUAGUUUUAUGAGAGUAAAAGUAGAUAAAUAAAUCAGGGUGAAAAGCACAUUAAGCAAGCCUAACUGCUGAAUUUGGCCAAAUUUGUUUUCUACAUUGUGUCCUAACAACAGAAUGUGGAAUAUAAUAGAUUGCAUUCCCAUUCCUGUCACAGAAAAGUGUGUGCAUAGCGCAACUUUCACCACACAUUGUUUCCUUGCAUCUGUACUCUGCAGUUAGGGUCUAAUUUUGCUUUCAGAUGCGGAUAUCUGUGGGAUUAACGAAGGGAAUUUCACGACUCAGGCAUCUAGAUAAGCAAGUACAGGUUGGAUUAAUGGCUAGGCAAGUGAAAGCACCGGUAAUUAUGUGACUUUUGUUGUGUGUUUUGCUUUGAUUUUAUGUAGCGAUGAUCAUUUUAGCCUACGGCAAGCAUUUCUGUCGUGCCUGGUCAGGUUUAAACCCAUUUAAUGGCACUACAGCUUCACAUUUUUUUAUAACAACCCAUUUCGAGUUGUUUUUUUUUUUUCAACUCAGAAGCCAAACCAAGAAUGUAUAGCUCUAUCUCGGAGUGCGUAGGUGCGAGAGUGAGCGAGUUUGAAACAGAAUCAAUCAUUUCAUCAAAAGGUGAGAGUGUUAAUAUGCUCGACAGCACUCAAUCACCUUCACCUGCUGGGUCUCACACCUGUCUCAUGCUCUCAGAUCCGUCCCUCGGUUCUUAAACCUGUCUCAUGCUCUCAAACCUGUCUGAUGGUCUCAGUCUUGGACCUGUCUUAUGAUCACAAAUCUGUUUUCUUAACAUUUUAUGAAGCGUUGGUUCCCAAAGAAACACUCCAGCACGUCUAAAGGCACAGAUGCUGCACUCAACAUUUAAUCUAUCAAACAUACUAGUAUCUAUUGUCAUGCUACUAGUACUUAUUUUAUAGCUACUUGUGUCUUUUUUAUUAGAUAUUAAUGCUUAACUAUUGGCUACCGAUUACAGCUUAUUAUUUUUUCUCUAGGGUGAUAUUUUUAAAAGAUACUAGUGGUUUUUUUUAUUAGAUACUAAUGUUUGUAAUAAUGACAAGUAUCCAUUUUACAGUUAGCAGUAACACAUUUUCGACAUUGACUUCUAUGUGGAACUGUCUAUCAAAUAUCAACUGUUCUGUUUUGAUUACUAUGGAUUAAUAGUAAUAAACCAGAAAUUAGAUUUUGACUUCUCAAAUUUAGCCUUGUUUUAGCCAAGAUGUUUAUGUUUAGAUGUUUAAUAAAUCCAAAUAUUUUUUUUAAUAUCUACUUGGUAUUCUAGCUCCAUCUCACAUGGAAACGUAAGCCAAUUUUAAAAGGAUGCAUACCCCUACGCCCCACCCCUAACUCUUGCUCAUUGGUUAAUGAGCAAAUCGUACUAGGAUGAGUAUGAAUGACAUCAUACAAAUUAAUUAAAAUUAGGUACUAAAUCAAAAAGUUACGCCACAAGAUUGUUUUAGGUAUUCAUUACGUCCUUAUUUUUUUUAUGAUACCA